CAGCGGAACUAAUCCCUCUGACCUUUCGUGGAGCCGGGCAGCGUUCUUUGCGCACGUGGAGAGAGAGCGAGUGGCGAGCGGCCGUUGCGACCCCCUCGCGGAAAUGGCCGUGUCGUCCGUGGAGGACCUGUUGGCCCGCGCUGAGGAGCGCGAGGCGGAGACGCAGCGCAGUGUGACGGUGCACAAGGAGCUGGAGCUGGAGUUCGACGUGGGCAACCUGCUGGCGGUGGACAAGAACCCGGCGCCGCGCGGCACAGGGGCCGCCUGCUCUCAGCGCGAGGCCCUCCUGCGCGCCUUGGCCCGCGACAACACACAGCUGCUGGUGGGCCAGCUGUGGGCGCUGCCGUCGGAGCGCGCCGAGGCAGGGGCGGGCCCCGUGGUGGCUCGGCUUCCGGACCCUUCGACGCGGCUGCCCCGAGAGAAGCCGCUGCCCAAGCCCAAGCCCCUCACGCGCUGGGAGCAGUUCGCCCGGCUCAAAGGCAUCCGCCCCACGCGGAAGAAGCGCGGCACGCUGGUGUGGGACGAGGCGGCCAAGGAGUGGCGGAGGCGCUGGGGUUACCAGAGGGCCGGCGGGGACCCGUCCCGGGACUGGCUGCUCGAGGUGCCCGACUCGGCCCACCCGCUCGAGGACCAGUUCGCCAAGAAGCGCCAGGAGAAGCGCGAGAAAGUGGCGCGCAACGAGUACAACCGCCUCAGGAACCUGGCGCGCGCGCACCGCGGCGGCGCCGCCGAGCUGCAUCCCACGGGCCACCAGGACCGCUCCGAGUUGGGCCGAGUCACCGCCCUCGCCCGCGUCUCCACCGCCUCUGUCGGCCGCUUCCAGCCUCGCCUCCCUAAGGAGUCCCGCACUCCGCAAAGCGCCCGGGGCAAGAAGCGCCGCUUCGGGCCCGUGUUGGGAGACCUCGACGGGGAGAAGAAGAGGCAGCUGGAGCUGGUCCGGAGCCUGGGCAGCAAAAAGACACCUCUGGACCUGACCCGCGCGGUCAACAAGCAGCUGCGGGAAGACGAGGCCGAGGCUGCCAAAGCCAAGGGCAAGAAGCAGGGGCAGCGGGGCAAGAGGGGCCGGCGGCAGCAGCAGAGGCCCGGUGGGGCCAAGGGCAAGAAAAGUGGAGGGGCAGCUCGGAGAGGGAAGGCCGGGCGACCGGGAAGUGGUGGUGGAAAGGGGAAAAGAAAAUGAGCUUGGCCACCAAGGAUGACUGGAGCAGCUGCCCCCAAUGUGCAUCAUCUAAAGAGAACUGGGCGCCUCAGCAAAUUACAGGACUCUUAAUUAUGUUUAAGAAAAUGUGGCCUUGAGUUGCAGAUACUUCUUUCUCUACUUGGACAAUGGUCUUAGACCCUCUUGAGAACUUUGUUGGGCCAAAGACACAAAAGUGGGGCAAGACCUUUAUCCCUCCAGAAAACCAAACCAAACCCUGAGCAAUAAUACUUGACUGAAUUAGAGAUGGGGUGGCCUUGAGAAGGCAGAUCUUUUCACUCUGCAAAGAAGAAAAGUUAUGUAAGGCGUAUGCAAAGAUCUCAUGCGAAGAUCUCGUGGAAUGGAGCAUAUAAUUUCCCAAAAGUUACAGAAAUACAGUUCAUUUUUUAUUCUAUACUGUGACUUGGAUUGACAAUGGUCAUUAAAUCAUGGCAAGGAUGUGCUGAAAUAUUUGUAAGGUUAUGCAUCAUACAAAAUAUAAUCCUAAUAGUCUUUCUUUACUUCAGUGAUAUCUCAAGUGAACAUCUUUAAGAUGUCAAAUAUGUGUCUGAAAAUGCGUAAGAAUGACAAAAUGAAUGCAGAUAAACCUGCAAAGUAAUAUGGAAAGAGCAGAGCAAUUUCAGACCUCAUGCAUACUUCUUUUUAGCUUAGUUGAAUCGCAUUCAAAGUUUGAUAUUACAUGGUUCUGAAAUAUUGAUGUGACUCGGAGGAUUCCUUCUUUUGAAUUUGUGUUUUAUAUAAAUAUUUUAUGUUGUAUAAGAAAUACUGGUAAUGUGUCUUUGUCUUAAAUUGGGAGCUCACUGACUUAAAUUCAUAGGUUAGAAAUGUUUUUCUCAACUCUUAUAAAACCUGGGAGAAACCUAAAGUAUGUUAUUUUCAUGUAAUGGAUUCUAAACUAGAAAAACCCUACAAGCCUGAUUUAUGAUGUUUUGAGAAUUCAGAGAUUACCAUAAUUCCAUUCUUUUAAGAAGACACCACCACACAUAUAUCCUUGCCUUGAAAAAGCUACAGCUCACAUUGUUAAAAACAUUUUAUGGGUAUUUAAUAGCCUAUAUUUGUGAAAAAUGCAGUGUGGUGUUAGUACAGAUUUGGUAGCCUGUUUUCAUUAGUCAUGAAAGGCUAAGGUGUCCUUACCUUUUAAAAAGAGGAAUGUAUAUGAAAAUAUUACUAGCUAUUGUACAGUCGUCUUGAGAGCACUGCAGGAAGGCUGUUCUAUCACCGGGUUGUAUUUGAAAGCUGCUUUCUGCUUACCAUACUUAGUAGCUGCUUCCUUCCCUCCUCCCCACUUUCAUUUAAAAAUACAGAAUUCUAAAUGUUCUAAAAAUUCUAAAUGUUCUAAAAAAGUACUUGUGCACUUACACCAAAUCUCUGAGAGUUGGAGAAGGUACCAGUAACACAGCAGCAGGCAACUGGCAGCCUGAGGCCCAGCUCUCCCUGCCACCAGGACUUUCCCAGGGCUUUUUUCCCCCCCAGCUGGAACUCCAGCACCUUUCAGGUGAGCACCAUUGCCAUUAUAAGAGAACAAGGGAGAUGUUCAUGGUGAGUUCUGACACCUCUUUCUAGAAUAAUAGCCCUAGUUUUACCACCUCACACUUCUAUCUUCUCAGCGGCAAAGAGAUCACAAUAGCUUUCUGCAUGAGCCAAGACACAAGUACUGAAGUUUGUACCUUCCACAAAUGCAGUUCCAUUGAACUUCAGAAUCCUAGAAUCUUAGAGUUGGAAGGUACCCAAGGGUCAUCUAGUCCAACCCUCUGCAAUGCAGAAAUCUAAAGCAUCUAUAACAAAUGGCCAUCCAACCUCUGCUUAAAAACCUCCAAGGAAGGAGAGUACACAACCUCCCAAGGAAGACUGAUCCACUGUCAAACAGCUCUUACUGUCUUCCAGAGCAAGAGAAAAAAAGAUGGCUAUCAUUUCUCCUCAGUCACUUCAUUUCCAGGCUAGAAGUUCUUGAUAAAAUAGGAAGCUGAAUUGUACUCGGUGAGAUAAUUUAUUAAUUCUAGAUCAAUACUGCUGACACUGAUUGUCAACGGCAUUCUGGGAUUUCAGAUUGGUCCUUCUCAGCCCUACUAGGAGAUGCCAGUGUCUCAGCCGGACGACCUUUUACCUGCAAAAUAUGGGCACUCACUGAGCUGUAGCUAAUGCCCAUUGCAUCCCAACAGUCUUUUAUUUUUAUUUAUUCAACUUAA